AUGAAGGGAGGAGAUGAAGAGAACAACCAUGAAGAAGAAAGAUGGGGAGAUGAUUGUAUCCCUCUCGAUCUCAUCGUGGAGAUACUCAAGAAACUACCGGCAAAAUCACUUGUGAGGUUCCGAAGCGUCUCAAAGGAAUGGUCGACCAUUAUCGGCAGCCGUAGAGACUUCAUCGACUCGAUCGUGACUCGGUCUUUAGCUCAGCCGGCGCAUAAGCUUCCCCUUUUCAUCUUACACCAUAGAAGGCCCCAGGCCUUCUUCAUUGUCUCGUCCACUUCCCUUGAGACAACCACACAUGCAGUGUCAAUCCCUGGAUUAUAUUCAGUUGACGAUUCAUGCCAUUCGUUAGAGUAUAUAUACGCUCGAGGCUUGAUAUGCUGUUAUUCGUCAGUAUCUCACUUGGUUACUAUAUACAACCCUACCACGAGGCAGUGCGUUCCUUUACCAGAGAUUGAUGAAGCCCAAGUGGCACGGUUCAAUGAUCAGAGGACUCACUGCCACUUUGGAUACGACCCGGUCACGAAUCAAUACAAAGUCUUGUCCAUGUUUCUUGACUCUCAAGAGUUGAAGCAAUCUGUUUAUGUUUUCACAUUGGGAGAAGGAAGUCAAUCUUGGAAGAAGAUCCAAUAUUUAUAA